AAAAAAGUGCAUCUCCUCAACGCAACCAAACCAACCAUCAUCGCUUCUCGGAGUGUGCUUGCUUUACCUUUUGCCAUCGCGUAUCGCAGGAGAAGGAAAAAAAAGAUUGACAGUGGAAAAAAGGAAGAAUUUUUGCUUGCGCUCGCGGUCCGCAAAUAAUACGGUUAUCGGUCGACGGUGAAAAGUUAGCUUUUCCGGAGGGCAGCCUCACGGAUUGAAAGUACACAAACCGGAAGUGACUCGUGUUUGGUGCCGAUUUUGUUUUCGUAUAUUUUUCGGAAAGCGGAGGUAACUGGGUUUUUUCUCAAUUUUUUUUGCGAUUGUGUGCUUCUAUUUUUUGAAGGUUCCGGAAAAGUGCGAUUUCGGUAACACCUGCGGAUUUUUCUUCAUUUGAAAUAAGGGUUGUUUCAGUUUAGGAAGAAAUUUGUAAAGAUUAGAGUAGAUAAAAUUAGGGAAAGGGUAGCACAGUCCCAAAAUAUUGAUUCGGUUCAGCAACCUGCUGGUUGGAGAUGAAAAAACGAGCAGUGGAUUUUAUUGGUUUUUUUCUCGUUAUCCCUCUUCAUUAGUAAGCAGCUAGUGGGUAAUUUUCCGCGAGGAAGCGGCCUUGUGAAAAGUGUGUUUUGUCCAGUGCACUCUGGCUGGAUGUUAGUAUCACGGAAAAUCCGGAGAGCACUAGGUACGGCACAGAAUCUAGGGGAAAAGGGGGCAAAAGGACAGUGAGAGCAUCAUCACAGAUUGAAGAAAACCAACAACAGCUACAACAACAAAGCAAGAAGAAAACCUCCGCUACCAACAACAGAAAAAACAUCAGCAGAGAAGAAAAAUACAAGAAGAGCAAAAAGCCAUCAGCUGCCAUCGUCGCGGCCAGCAAACCAAAUCAACAACAGCAGGAGGAGGAAAAAAAGUUAGAAGAAGCUCAAGAAGACAGAUUCUAAAAUUAACGCCACGAAAAUCGCCACGGAAGGCGAAGGAAAACAAGGAAAAAUAGUUUUCCCACACUUGGGGCCAUUUGGGUUUGUCAUACGUCGCGCUAGAUCGGUGCCGUGUUGGGAAAGUGUAAUCGAAAGAAAACUUUACGUACACAAUCUGGUGAAGAGGAGAAAGUAAUUUGGUUCGGCUGUAGAGAUAUCGUGCUUGGCCGUUCUCUAUCUCAAUUCUCAGAAGCCGGAACGGCGAUCCGUCUUUCGCGGAUUGUAGUAGGUUCCAGGAACAAGUUUCAAGUGGCUCGUUGCUGCUGCAAACUGGCGCUGCCGAUCCACACCAACUGGCGGCGACGAUCCUAAAUAAUGAAGCGGCGAAAUGCCGACUGUGGCAAGAUACGGCGGCCCAUCAAGAGGAACAAAAUAGCGGAACAGAUCGGAAGCAACACUCUGUUAUACGUGAAAUUUCUGCUGCUAUGGGCAUUCGUCAUCACCGCUGAUUUCCUGCUCGAGUUUCGGUUCGAAUUCCUGUGGCCGUUCUGGCUGCUGCUACGGUCAGUGUAUGACUCCUUCAAGUACAAGGGUCUGGCUUUCUCGGUAUUAUUCGUAUGCAUUGCCAUCACCUCUGAUCUGGUGUGUCUGUUCUUCAUACCGGUUCAGUGGUUGUUUUUCGCGGCCAGCACUUACGUCUGGGUGCAGUAUGUGUGGCAUACAGAUAAAGGAAUCUGUCUGCCAACCAUAAUUUUAUGGAUACUGUUUGUCUAUCUGGAGGCAGCCAUCCGAUGGAAGGACAGUCGAAACAUACCGCACCUGGAUCUGUGUCGACCGUUUGCAGCGCACUGCAUUGGAUAUCCGGUGGUGACACUAGGGUUCGGCUUCAAGAGUUAUGUCGGUUACCGAAUAAGGCAGCGAAAGCAGCGUGAGGUGGCCAAAGACAAUGACUUCUACAUGCAGCUGCUGCAGGAAGCUUUACCUAAGGAGGAAUCCGCUGCUACUAGCGCCACUUCUACGGACGGCAGUUCUAUCAAUACUGAACAUCAAGAUCACCAGCUGUCGCCGGUGAAUACGAUGAGCAAAGAACUGUCCGUGACGGCGCUUCAGAGUAGCAGCAACAGUAGUAAUAGCAGUUCCGGAGCAGGAAAUGGACCUGGUGGUGGUAGUAAUCAUCAUCAUCACAACCAUCAUAGCAGUAAGAACUCAGCUCAAAGUCACAACAAAGCGCAAGUGAGCAAUGCGGCGGUUACAGGAUUGAUUCAUGCCGCUAAUGGGCACGCCGGGAGCGGUGCUUCAAUAUCCAGUAAUUCGUCAUCGAGUAGUGGGGUGUCCGGAAGUAUUGGAACUGGCGGAAGCACUACGAUGAAUGGUGGGAUGGCACACUCAAAGCAGCUGCACCGGAAAAGUCUUGAUAAGGACGGUUCCGGGUCGCUCAGUGGAAAAGCUCAAAACUAUUCAUAUCAUAGCAGCAGCAACGCCAAGGAAAGUUCCCGAUCUUCCGUGGACAGUUCACACACAAACGGUGCUGCCAUGUCUCCAAAGGAGAAAAAAGACUGUGACUCUUCUGGACUGCAAAAAUCCACCUCGGAAACAGGCUCUUCUGGGUCGAGCUCGAGUCAAAGUAAAUCCAAUCAUGCCAAUAGCAGUAACAGCAAUGACAGCAACCACCAUGACAGUGUAGGGGCAGGAGGAGGUGGAGGAGGCAAGAACAAACAUCAACAGAACGGUCACGUGGUUAAUUAUGACAUGGAACUGCAUCAGAACCAUGUUGAAAAUGAUCCACCGGUGGUAGAACCUAAACCAAGCCGUUCCGGUCGAAAAAAUCGAAUCAAACAGAAGGAAAAUGCCAAUAACUUGGCUGCGGUUCGUUUGGCUGCAACGCUUGCUCUAGCGUCUUCAAUAAGCACUCUAACAACUACUGCAGCUUCGGCAUCGACUGUGACCACCAGCACAAUGUCUUCAAUGGCUUCUUCAAUUUCCUCGUCUUCUUCAACCACUUCUUCGACAGCUUCCAAAGACAAUCAUCUCAGUGAACAGGAACAGCAACGGGUAACGACUACUAGCAGUGGUAAUAAUACUCAGUCCAACGGUUCAAACGUGGCAGCUACAUCGGCAUCGGUGUCAUCGGCGGCUGCGGUUCCCAGUGUGCCUGUGGUCGUUACCGUGAAGGUUUGCGAAGGCUGCAGUCGCAUGGAGGCCGAUGCCAAGAAGCUGCGAUCCGAGCUGGGAGCGAUGCGACAGAGUGAACACGAACUGCGUCAAAAGUACGAUUCAGCCAACGCCAAUCUGAAACAAUGUUUGCAGGGCAAACAGAAGGAAAACGAGGAACUACAAAACAAAUUUCAGGAACUCCAAACGCAACGGCAACAGGAACGACAGAACAUGCAAACCGUGGAACGACGGCUAGGAGAUGAACGGCGCCACCGACAGUCUUUGGAAUCCCAGCUGCAGAACGAACGAAAACACCGGAAGCUGGCGGAGGAGAAAGCUGCGGGUGCCGUUGCUCGUGCGGCUGAGUGUGGCGACCAGUGCAAGGUAAAACGGCAACAGAUGGAAAUGGAAAUCCAGAGCCUGCGGGUGGAUCUGAUCAACUCUGAAGACGCCAAGCACAACGCCGAAAAGCAGAAUCGGAGCUUUGAACAGGAGAUGCGCAAGUUUGAGGUGCAGUUACGAAACCGUGAAUCUCAGCAGAGUGCCGAAGUAUUAAUGUCUGCCCUAGCGGCAAUGCAGGACAAAAAUAAUACACUGGAAAAGAACCUUUCGGCGGAAACGAGAGUUAAGCUGGACUUAUUCUCGGCCCUCGGAGAUGCCCGACGGCAACUGGAGAUUGCCACAUGUUCACUUCGCACCAAGGAGAAGGAGAUAUUAGACUUGAAAGCAAAGAUAGUUCAGCUGCUAGCAGUUAUGCCGGCCAUGCCAAACGAUGCGCUUUGUCUGACUGGUCCCGGGCCUUCAGCAGGUGGGAAUGGUGGAGGAUCGUUGAUGCGAUUGGUUGAUGCUCCUCAAUUGUUGCCACAUCCGGCUCUCAAUGGACUACCAUCGGCUACCGGAGGUCAACAGCCGAGUCCCAUGUCGCACUUGGUGAUGAACAAUCCGCCGUUGAUCAGUCAAUUAAGCAAUCUAAAUGUACUAACGUCGACAAUUACAACCACUGCUGCCGGUCUGUCGGGCUCUACUUCGAUAGUGGCUGGUGCCGGGAUGAUGCAGCAAGCCCAUCCCCAACAGCAAUCAGCAGUCAAUCCCGGACUCGUUGCUGCCGCUGCUGCAGUCAAUGGCCAGAUAGUACAAAUGCAAAACUCAAACAACUGUCCCUCCAAUUUGGAUCCGAAUGCGUCAGUAUAUACACCCAAAAACUGCUCCUCAUCAUCGUCAUCCAUGGUCGGUGGGACCGAAGCCUGACCGAUGGCCCACCAGGAAUUACAGCAAUUCCUCUCUAGCAGCACACCUUUUUCCAAUCUCGAUCUGAUUAGCCACAGCAACAGCAGUUCCAGUAACGAUAACAGUUCCACAGCUCUGUUUCAGCAAAUUAAUUCGCAGCAAGGAGGACUUCCCUUUCCUUGAGAGAGCGUGACCGUGGAAAUGGAAAGUAAUGAGAGUGGAAGUUCCACCAGCACCUCUCUGAUCUCAAGCAAGCUUCUUGUUCACAUUCAGGCCGAGAUCCGUAAAGCAGAAAAUAUGAAUUUAAUUACGUUCCUAGACUCUGAGAGUUGCUCUCAGUAGCACCUGAUUAUAUUCGUCGCGAAGAAAAGAAAACGUACACUUAGUUGUAACAGAACGUACCAUUGGACCUGGGGAACACUGUUCGAGUUUUAAUGAAUCUUACUAUUUUUCCUCUAGAUUUUGUUUUUACUUUAAAUCUACGGUGAAAUCGGGAAAAUAUAUUUGACCCAUAGCGUUUACAUUUCAGCCUCUUGAGAAAAUGCGCUGGUUUAAUCUUUCGACACUUAUUCUAACUCAGGUUCAAACUUCAAACUGCAGAGUUUUCCCGAAACUCGCAAGAACAAUAUCUCGAUGUCUAACUCAAAAAAGUGCAAACGUUCCUUCGAAUACCAAUAUUUUAGUCUAUAUAUGUUGAUAUUCCUUCCACUGUCUCCCGAACACCUCUUCAUUUUCUCUCUAUUUCGAAAUAAAUCGACACAAGUGAAUUCAAUUUGCGACAACUGGAAAACAUAAUGCAAAAACUAACAAUACGGAGCAAGAUAAAGGAGAUAAAAUUGAAACAAGAAAUGUUGUGAUAUUCAUAUUACUUAAAAUUAAUGAUUUAACACUUUUAAUUUUUAAAAUUAUAGCUUAUUAUUUAUAGUAAACGACAUCAACCGCGUGGAGCGAAACGAUCAUGCGUAUAUCAUAGGUUAAUAAAUAAACGUUGGAAAACUCUUGGCUACCAUUUUACGUUUUUAAGUUAAAAAUGCGAGCUAAACAUCGGAUACCUUUUUGUUUUAAAUGAAUGAUUUGUUUUGAAAAUCAUGUAAACAAGUCUGCAUUGAAUAACACAAAUAGCUGGAUAGAACAAGAAGAAACGAGUAAACCUGUCGAGAACUGAUAUGUGGAGACAUUUACCAUACUAAGUACAGAAUCGAGAAAUUAUCGUAACAAACAAACAAAAUAUGAUCAUGCGUGUGAGUAAUUUGCAUAGGUAUCUAUUGUAACAUUGUAACCGAGCUAACCGGAAUGUAAGAAAAAGCAAGUAACGCUGAAUCUCGGAAAAGAGCAAGAGUCCGGCUAAUGACCGGUGAAAUUAAUUGACAAGAGAAAAAAACACGAUCUGGCAGAUCAAGCUGGUUUGUAAAUCAUUACACAAAUUAACAAAACACAGUCAAAACACCUCUUAAACUACAUGAUUUGAGAACAAAAUUUCUUUAAACCGAAAAGAUUCAAAGAUUCAGAAAAGGCAAAAGCAACAUCAGAUUUAUGUGAGAUUUCUUCUCCGAAUUAAAGCGAUCUAUAUAUACCAACUACACAUGAGUAGUGACUGUUCGCGCAACGGACGACAAACAACAACCGGUAACACAAAUGCUCUCUGUUUUAGUAUUUUCUCUCCCGAACAGCAUUACGAGAAAGUGGGGACACCCGAUGACUCUGAACGUCAUCGGGAGGACACCUUACGCCCUUACGAGGCGUGUUUAAGGUGCAGAAAACAAAAAUUUAUAAAAUUCAAAACCAAACUGGUCAUAAGCAAAACCGCAAACCACUAUGAUGAUUCAACAUGAAAGAAACAAAAAAAACUUUUGUGAGCGUAAUUGACUACAGCAAGACACAACUGAUGAUAAGAAUAAACUGAAAAUUGCAAACUA